AUCCUGCAAUUGUAAACGCACAAAAGCCGUUGCAUAUAAAAUCUGCGUUCUGGUUUCGCGCGCUGUGUGUGCAUGCGUGCGAGGAUGCCUGAGUGCUUUGUAUGCGCGUGCGUGUGUGUGUGCGCGUAAAAUAGGUAUAUAACUUUUGUCUUGGAUUGUUGUUAGAUACACGUACAUCGACAUUCACAUUUACAUCAUUCAUUACACGGACAAAACUGCAGCAAAACGCUUACGUCUAACCUCAAAAACUCUUCUCCGGCAUCCUUCCUCGUAGAUAGUUGAUAUCAACAGCCACUCAUGGCUACAGAGGGAGUAAACAAACAUUCCGUACACACGCUGGUGUUCCGAUCAUUGAAACGGACACAUGAGAUGUUCCUUGCUGAUCAAGGUGUUCUACCGGCAGAAGAUCCAACGAGUGCUCGCAUUAAGAUGGCGUGCAAGGUUCGAGAUGAAUAUUCUCUAGUAAAAGACAUGCAAUCAGCUACUCCUAGUGAGCAAAUCAGCUCAACUGCUGUUGCUGGUAGCUCUUCUAGGCAAGAUGGUCGUGGCGUUGAAAUACGGGGAACACAUGCUUAUCCGUCAAUGCCUGGGGUGUCAUUAUCUGCUGACAACGCACGUCGUGCAUCGCCAUCUGUUGCUGGGAUGCAACAAGUGAUGGAAGCACUUCCUCCCAGUAGACGAGAGAUUGAAGCUGAGAAAAUGUCUCAUGGUAUUCGUGACAUUCACAGGAAAGCAGCAGCAUCUGGUGGUCGAGAGAGAAUAGCUCCUCAGUCUAAGGCUCUUAUUCAAGUUGAAGGAACGAGACAUGCAGGUGCAUUGAUGCCUAGACAGGCACCUUCAAUGCCAAAGCCACAGUGGCAUCCUCCAUGGAAGCUUAUGCGUGUGCUAAGUGGCCAUGUUGGUUGGGUCAGAUCAAUAGCGUUGGACCCAACAAAUGAGUGGUUUGCAACAGGAUCAGCUGACAGGACAAUCAAGAUUUGGGACUUAGCUAGUGGUACUCUGAAGCUGUCGUUGACUGGACAUAUUAGUACAGUGAGGGGACUGGCUGUUAGUGAACGACAACCAUAUUUAUUUUCUGGUGGUGAAGACAAACAGGUUAAAUGCUGGGACUUGGAGCAAAACAAGGUUGUUAGACAUUACCACGGGCAUCUCAGUGCAGUUCAUGCAUUAUGUCUCCACCCUACAAUUGAUAUUUUGAUUUCAUGUGGAAGAGACUCUACAGCCAGAGUUUGGGAUAUUCGCACAAAGGCUUGUAUUCAUACAUUAGUCGGUCAUACCAACACUGUGGCAUCAGUAAAGUCACAAGGAGUUGACCCACAGGUAGUGACAGGAAGCCAUGAUUCAACAAUUCGUCUUUGGGAUCUUGCUGCAGGAAAAUCACGCUGCACGUUGACAAAUCACAAGAAAAGUGUUCGAUCGUUGGCCAUUCAUCCCACACAGUUCUCUUUUGCAUCAGGAUCAGCAGACAACAUCAAGCAGUGGAAGUUCCCGGAUGGCAAUUUUAUCCAGAAUCUGUCUGGUCACAAUGCUAUUAUCAACUGCUUGGGUUUGAACUCUGACAAUGUUCUUGUCUCUGGAGCUGACAAUGGAACUAUACAUCUGUGGGACUGGAAAACUGGCUAUAAUUUUCAACGCAUUCAAAGCCAGGUUCAACCUGGUUCUCUGGAUAGUGAAGCAGGUAUCUUUGCCUGUGAAUUUGACAUGAGUGGAAGUCGACUGAUUACAGCAGAAUCAGAUAAAACUGUAAAGAUUUACAAGGAGGAUGAAUUGGCGACUGAAGAAAGCCACCCAAUUAACUGGAAACCGGACAUUCUGAAACGGAAAAAAUACUAGUGCACUUACAUAAUGUUUCUAGUGGUCAACAAGGGGGUGUAAUGCUAGCACAAAUGCUUCUGUUCAUUUCAUCAGACAUAAAACACAAGUUGGUGUACGACUUUAAUAAUUGAUUAGGAGACUGGUAAAUGAAUAUACUGACGAAUGACAUUCACCAACAACAGACAA